AUGAAGUUUACUUCUGCUGCAAUCACCGCAUUUCUCGCAUUCUUUGCUACUUCGACUGCUGCCGCUGGUAGUGAAGGAGACCUCCCCAAGCUGCGUGUGGGAAUCCUGAAACGUGCUACUACAUGUGAACGCAAAGCUGCUGUUGGCGAUGUUGUUCAGGUUGAUUACACUGGCAAGCUUGCUGAUGGUACUGUUUUUGAUUCUUCGCUCAAGCCUGGCCGUACUCCCCUGGAGUUUGCAGUUGGUCUUGGUCAGACUGUUCCCGGAUUCGACAAGGGCGUUCUGGGCAUGUGCAUUGGUGAAAAGAGAAAGCUGGUCAUUCCACCACAUCUUGGCUAUGGCAGCAGUGGUGCUGGUGGUGUUAUUCCUCCUGAAGCUACUCUUACAUUUAUCACAGAGCUUAAGGGCAUCAAGGGUUAUAAGGAGUUUGUUCCUGGUGAAGAUGAAAAGAAAGAAGAGCCUAAGGUUGUGAAGAAAGAUGAAGUUGAAGACGAAGACGAUGAUGAGGACGACGAUGAGGAUGAGGAUGAUGAGGAGGAAGAAGAGGAACCUAAGGUUGAGAAAAAGGAAGAACCUAAGACCGAGGAGAAGAUUCCCGAAGAAGAACCUAAGGCCGAAGAAAAGACCCCUGAAGAAGAAACAAAGUCCGAGGAGAAGAAAACUCUCAAGGAUGAAACCAAGGUUGAGGAGAAAGAAGUUCCUAAGGAAGAGCCUAAGGUUGAGAAAAGGGAGGCUGAGGCUGAAGAGAAGGCCGAAGAGAAGGUCGAAAAGAAGGCCGAAGAGAAGGUCGAAAAGAAGGCCGAAGAGAAGGUCGAAAAGAAGGCCGAGGAAAAGGCUGAAGAAAAGGCCGAGAAGAAGGCUGAAGAAAAGACCGAGGAGAAAGCUGAAGAAAAGGCCGAAGAAAAGGUGGUCCUUAAGGAAGAACCUAAAGAAGAGCCUGUCCCUAUUGAUCCCGUCGAUGUGAUUUCUGAGGAAGAAGCUAAAGAAAAUACAGACAAAGACGUUGAAGAGGCCGCUUCUGCUGCUGCUGACAAGAUUGCUGAGGUCGAAGUCAAGCCUGAGGAUAUUAACAAGGAAGCCGAAGCCGAGAAGAAGGAGGAACUUGAGGAGAAGAAAAAGGAAGAGACUCCCGAUGGUGCUGAGCCUGAUCUUGAGGAUGAAAUUGAGGCUGACACCGAUGACGUCAAGGAGUCUGCUAAGGAAGAAAUCAAGGUUGAUGAGAAGGUCGCUGAAGAGGUUAAGGCUGAGCCUGAAGCCAAGACUGAAAGUGUCAAGGAGGAGGUCAAGAAGCCCAUUGUCAAGGAAGAUCUUUAA